AUGAUGAACGUUGAGAUUACUAACGAAGCAGUAGUGCACAAGCAGGUAUAUGUGGGUCAUGCCAGUGGUGAUUCUGGGCCGAUUGAGAUUUCGUACCCAACCACAGAAGUGGUCGGGCAUGGAUCUUUUGGAGUGGUUUUCACAACUACCAUCGAGCAGACGGGAGAAAUGGUAGCGAUAAAGAAAGUCCUACAGGAUCGGAGAUUCAAGAAUCGAGAGUUGGAAAUCAUGAAGUUGUUGCAACAUCGUAACGUGAUAGAUUUGAAGUAUUAUUUUUAUGAAAAGGACCCUCAUGGCGAUGUGUAUUUGAAUCUAAUACUUGAUUUUAUGCCACAGUCGUUGUACCAGAGGCUACGUCAUUUUGUGCAUUUGAGUAGUGUUAUGCCCCGGCUGGAGAUCAAAUGCUACAUGUAUCAACUUUUCAAAGCACUUAAUUAUUUGCAUCAUCACGCCAAUGUGUGUCAUAGGGAUAUCAAGCCGCAGAAUUUGUUGGUUGAUCCACAGAGUUGGGAGUUAAAACUGUGUGAUUUCGGUAGUGCGAAACAGUUGAAACCAGCUGAGCCCAACGUGUCGUAUAUUUGCUCGCGUUAUUACCGGGCGCCAGAACUGAUCUUUGGUGCAACGAAUUAUCUCAACCAGAUCGACGUGUGGUCCAGUGGGUGUGUUAUGGCUGAAUUACUACUGGGGCAGCCGAUGUUCCCAGGUGAAAGCGGAAUCGAUCAGCUUGUGGAAAUUAUCAAGAUUCUUGGGACACCUUCAAAACAGGAAAUUUGCGCCAUGAAUCCAAACUAUAUGGAGCAUAAGUUCCCGCAGAUUAAACCAAUCCCAUUAUCAAAAGUCUUCAAGAAAGAAGAUGAACCAACGGUGAAAUUUCUGACGAAUACGUUGAAAUAUGAUCCACUAGAGAGAUUUAACUCUUUACAAUGUCUCUGUGCGACGUAUUUCGAUGAGAUUAGGUUCGCUACAGAAGACUUCAAAAGAAUUGUAGAUAACUUACAAUUGCUAAAAUUUGAUUACGAGACCGAGUUGGGGCAUUUGACUCAGGAUCAAUUAGCUGCUGUAAAAUUAAAAUUGACGCCAAAUAUAAUAUGA